AUGUUUAGGAAACUCCCCAACAUAAUUGUCACAGGAACGCCUGGAUGCGGCAAAACGUCCCAUGCUGAACUUCUCUGUGAACAGGUGAAAGGUCUGACCCACAUUAAUGUGAGCGAGUUCGCCAAAAACAACGAUUGUAUCGACGGCUACGACAAAGAGAGAGAUUCUGCUAUAGUUGACGAAGACAAGCUUCUGGACGCCUUGGAGCCGCUAGCUUGUAAAGGUGGGCUUGUGAUCGACUGGCAUUGCUGUGAGAUCUUCCCAGAACGCUGGAUCGACCUUGUGGUGGUGCUCAGAUGCAACAACACCAUGCUCUACAAUAGACUCACAAAGAGAGGAUACAAGGAAUCCAAGGUGCGAGAGAACGUGGAGGUGGAGAUCAUGCAGGUGUUGCUGACAGAGGCAAAGGACAACUACGACGAGAACAUCGUAAUCGAACUAGCGAGCGAGGACGUGGACUCGCUCGACGAAAACGUCUCGAGGCUCGCGCAAUGGGUGGAAAAUUGGGUCAAGGACCAUCCGGACGGAAUCGACACUUCUUUGUAG